AUGUCACAUGACAAGCAACGUUUACACAAAAAACACAAGAAGUCCAACAAGUGUUCCUCAUCUUCCGAUAGCGACUACGAGUGGACGGAACAAAAGCAAGUGAGAAGACCUGUGACUAAAGAAGUUCCCGAAGAUUUCACCGGUGCUGAUAAAUCACCGUCUAUUGAAGGCUUUCUGGAAAGCGUGACUUCUGCUCCAAAGAAAGACAAGCGCUUGGAUCAGGUUGAGACACAUAAGCGAACACCUCAUGAAUUAAAUCCUUAUUGGAAAGAUGGUGGUGCCGGACUUCCAGAACCGCUAAAUCCCUACCGGGCCAAAGAGCAAAAAUCAAUUUUGACAGAAAGCAACGAAUCAUGGCUUCGCAUGUCUUUUCGGCGUUGCUUAGAACAGGCGAAGAUCGAUCGUGUUGCGGUUGAAGAUGCGCUUUUGCAGCGUUGGAAUCGAUCUACAGUGGAUGAUAUGCUGAGAAGAUUCGGCCACGAGAAGACAGGCUCUCAUAGUCGCUAUGCGCUUCCACGACACCGAUCACGCUCUCCUGCACAAGAACGCUCAAAGUCACCGCAUCCCCGUUGGCGAAAAUUAAAGUCCACUGAUGAUGAAGAUUCGUUGCGGUCGGUGGACCACGACGUGCCUGCCUUCCGAUCUCCCAUCACUGCACACGGUGAUCGUUCCUGUGAACGCUUAUCGAAAGAUACACGGCACGACUCCAUUGGUUCACAUUCUUCCAGCGUUCGUCCAACUGAAACUGAAGAACGCGUAGUUACCACUGAGGACAUCAAUUCUAUGGCUGCCAAAGUUUUGAAAGCGGAACUAGGUUCCGAUUCGACUAAAGCAGCCAAGCUCAAGGCAAAUUUGGAGAAACUACGAGAUGCUCAACGUCGAGGAGUCAAGGUUCGGAUGCAUGUGAUUCCCAAAUCAGCACAAUCCACAGAGGCAGACAAGCCAUCUGUUGUUGCUCUUACCCGACUCAACGAUCGUGGGAUGGAAAUGCCUGUGUACAUACCUUCGCAAGGUACAAUGGACGGUAGUUCCAGGAG